AUGAUUGGACCGAGACAGGGACGCAACCAGUCGCGAUCCCAGCUGCCCGAAGGGUCGCUGUCGCCCCCUGGAGCUUGGUGGGAUAAUGGCACGUAGAAGAGCUUGGGGUGGCCCUAGAGGCCGCGUCCGGUAUAGCGGAUCCAGGGAAAGCUUCUGGGGAGAGCAAUAGAGACGCAGCUUGAGCUAGAAGGGCUGGAGCGGAGGCAAAUAAGGAGAUCCGCAGAUUGAGUGGCUAGAGAGGUCGGAGGUAAGUGGCUGUAGAAAUCGGGAGGACCCGGAACACAGACGCCUCGGGACCAUGACUUACGCUUAUCUCUUCAAGUACAUCAUCAUCGGAGACACAGGUGUGGGGAAGUCAUGUCUCCUCCUUCAGUUUACCGACAAGCGGUUCCAGCCUGUGCACGACCUCACAAUAGGUGUGGAGUUUGGAGCACGUAUGGUCAACAUCGAUGGAAAACAAAUCAAACUGCAAAUCUGGGAUACGGCUGGGCAAGAGUCCUUCCGUUCUAUCACCCGUUCCUACUACAGGGGAGCAGCUGGAGCCCUGCUGGUGUAUGACAUCACGAGGCGCGAGACCUUCAACCACCUGACCUCGUGGCUAGAGGAUGCCCGCCAGCACUCCAGCUCCAACAUGGUUAUAAUGCUGAUUGGGAAUAAGAGUGAUCUAGAAUCUCGAAGGGAUGUGAAAAGAGAGGAAGGAGAAGCCUUUGCUCGUGAGCACGGCCUUAUAUUCAUGGAAACAUCAGCCAAGACUGCCUGCAAUGUUGAGGAGGCCUACAUUAAUACAGCCAAAGAAAUCUAUAGGAAGAUCCAGCAAGGUUUAUUUGAUGUCCACAAUGAGGCAAAUGGCAUCAAGAUUGGGCCCCAGCAGUCAAUUACCUCAUCAGUGGGACCGUGCUCCUCUCAGCAGAGCUCCUCUGACAUAGGGCCUGACUCUGGCUGCUGCUGAACACCUGGCCUGAACUCUUUGUCUUUCCUCUCCGGGAAGAGCUUCAGAUCACUCAGCUCAAGGAAAGAGGUCUUCAUUGCUUUGGCUGAGUGCAGCCUCUUUUCACCCUUCCACUUAAAACAUGAGGAGAAAAUUGGGCCCUUUCCGACCUGUCAUCCUUCAGGGACAGGAGCAUUCUGCAUAGAGUAUGGCUCUUUCACCCUCUAGUUUCUAAAAUGUUAGAGUCAAAGUUGAUUGUCACAAUAGUUAAAAACAAAAACAACUUACCAUCAACAUCUAUUUGCUAGAUAUUAUGGCACAUACCCAUAAUUCCAGCACUCAGGACUCUUGGCAGAAGAUUGCCAGGAGUUUUGAAGUUAUUCUGGGCUACAUAAAUUUCACUAGGCUAUCUGUCUAAAGAAGCCAAAAAGAAAAGAGAGAGAAAGGAAAAAAAUACCCAUAUCUGUUCCUCACCCAAUUUUUAGUAGCUAAGGUGAAUGUUCUGAUUGGACAUUUAGAAUUAGGGCUUUGGAUGAUAGAUCUAUCUAUACACAGUGAUUUCAUUGCAUUUAUUUCCUUGCCUUGGAAACCUGCUUGUCAUUUCAUAAGAGUUACUAUAGAAGCUGAAUGCCUCUAUAUUGUCUCGUUGCUAGUUUCUUUUUAUUUAUUGUGUGUGUGUACAACCUUAAGCAUCAUUUCUUAGGAGCCCAGCCCACUGGGCCUCGCAUCUCUUACGGGGACCUGGAGCACCAUGCUUAGGCUAGGCUUGCUGGCCUCUUUCAUUGCUAGUUCUGUUUCUUAAGUACAGAACUUUGAGAUCAGUCAAGUUGGUACUGGACCUGUCACCACAUACUCUUACCUAAGAAAACAUGCUAGGUAAAUGCUCUACUACUGAGCUGUACCCUCAGGAGCCUUCUCUUCUACUAUUUGUUUUCAGACAAGUUGCCAAGGCUGGCCUUGAACUUGCAGGCCUUAAACUUGGGAUCCUGAGACUUUAGACUCCCAGGUAGCUGUGCAUUCUCCCUAACCAGAUCUAUUAGAUAUUUAAUCAAGCUAAUUGGUUACUGAAAUGACAUGUUUAUCCCAACUUCUGUGCCUUUGCACAUACUCUGCCCUCUUACUCUCUCCUAACAUUAUACUGACACUCUUUUCCUUUAGGAAAUCCUCACUGACUGACCUAGGGAGCCCUAAGCAGUUGUUAACACAACACGUCUUAGCAUUCCUGCCUUAUUCAUAAUGUAUAUUUAUUUGUAUGUGUUUCACUUUGUAAUUAUGUUUUGUAGUGGGUUUUUUGGAGGGCAAGGGGGGAGCGCCUGUCUCAUAGAUUGUAAGCUCUCUGAGAGCAGGUUCCUGUCAGCCCAGUCCAUCCCGCCGUUCCCUUACUGUACCCUGUGCAACUCCCGAUCUGGAAUUAAGUGACAUGCUUUAAAACUUUAGACUUUAGAAGAAACGCAAGGCCUAGAGUCGUCUCUGUGAUUAUAUCCUGGGUCCUCAUUGCUCUUCCGUCCUGCCUCACUGUCAAUGCCCACAUUCUGUGCAGCCUACAGUAAGAAUGCUACUCAGAUAAGUAGGGACUUCUUUACCCGCUCCCUGACUGUAACACUGUCAGUCCAGUUUGCCUCUGCUUCACUCCUGGCAUCACCUCCUGGGACACGUGCUGUCUUUUUUUACUUGUCUCAUUUCCUUUCACAGCACUGAGGUCUCACCAGAUUUUCUAAUCUUUAUUGUUAAUGACCGUUUUACUAUUAAAUAUCUGCAUGAUCCAA